UUUUUUUCUUGUCUCAGAUUGAAAUGGAGAACAAUCUCAGUCUCCCUCACUGUUGAGGAUCUUCACUUCUUAUUCGUAAGAAUGUUGGGCAUGUCCACCACAUAGGAUAGUACCUGAUCUGAUAGCAUUUCUGUAAAUGCACUAGUAUGUUUUAUGUGUUCCAAACACAACAGUAAUUCAUGAAAACCGCAUUUAGAAAUGUGUUUAAAAAGUGACUCAUUGAAGAUGCCGUAUUUUCCGAUCUUAUAGGAGAACAUGAAUUUGACCAACUGUACGAGAGCGGUAGAGUUUAUCCUGGUCGGAUUGCCAAGAGUAGGACGAAUGGAAGGUGUGAUGCAUGCAGGCAUCUUUCUGCUCUACCUCCUGUGUCUGAUGGGCAAUGGACUCAUCAUUGUGAUGGUAAUUUUGGACCGCCAUCUCCAGAAGCCCAUGUAUUUCUUCCUUAGCAACCUUUCUUGCAUUGACAUUGGACACACCACCGCUUUUAUUCCUAAACUGCUAGUCAACUAUCUCUCUGCAAACAAUUCCAUCUGUUUCUAUUGCUGCAUAAUACAACUGUUCUUUUACUUCUUCUUUGGCAUUACAGAAUUUUUCAUCAUCACGUUGAUAUCCUUGGACAGAUUCUUAGCCAUUUGCUAUCCUUUGAGAUAUGCCACAAUCAUGACUUCUGGGGUUUGCUUGAAGGUAUCCGUGGCAGCCUGGCUGGUGGGUUUUUUCUACAUGAUUUGUCAGAUCAUCCUGAUCGCUAAGCUACCCUACUGCAGCUCCAAUGUUAUCAAUCAUUUCUUUUGCGACGGUGGGCCUGUUUUAAAGAUUGCAGGAGGAGAUUCACAUCUCAUUGAAGCCCUGGGCUUCCUUAUUACUAUAGUCGUAGUGAUGUCCUCUCUGCUUUUCACCCUCAUUUCUUACCUCUUCAUCAUCUUCACCAUUCUCCGAAUGUCUUCAUCAACCAGACAGCAGAGGGCCUUUUCGACGUGUGCUUCCCAUUUGGUGGUGGUCUGCAUUUUGUAUGGCUCAGUCUUUUUUGUCUAUUUAAGACCUACUAUGAAGAAUUCUUCCUUCGGUGUAAUCCGGUCCGUUUCUGUGGUCCAUACUACGGUCGCUCCAGUGCUCAAUCCUUUUGUUUAUACUAUUAGGAACAAUGAAGUGAAAGAAGCAAUUUGGAAAGCCUUAAGAAAAAAAGCCUCCAGUUUUCCCUAAAAUCUAAACCUAGACCUGU